CUGUGUUGAUUUUAAUGUACAUAUGCUUUUGUUUGUUCUCUAUUGCAGGCAGAGCAUUAAAUUUUUGUACAAUGGGAAAAAUGGUUGGCAGGUUAGGGCUGAAAGGAAACAUGGUUUUCUUGGCAUUAGUUUUUAUUGUUUUCAUUGAUAGAGUUAAUGGAAAUAUCAAACCAACAAAAAAAAAUUCAGAAGAUGAUAAGAAGGUAGAGUUUCCCAAUAGACCUCCAAUCAAAAGCAUUCAGAGUGAAGAUGGAGAUAUAAUAGACUGCAUUGAGAUGCAUAAGCAACCUGCUUUUGACCAUCCUUCCCUGCAGAAUCACAUUAUCCAGAUGAAACCUAGUUAUGAUCCAAUUAUAGAUACAACAAUGAAGAAGGAAGACUCUUCUAUGACUAUUAUAUCCCAGUUGUGGCAGAGAAGUGGAAGUUGCCCUGUUGGAACAGUCCCCAUCCGAAGGAUUCAGAAACGUGACCACCUACUAGGGGCUAAUUCUCUCCAGAAGUACGGCAGAAAAAGUCCAUAUGUUGUCCAUGCUUCUAACAAAACAGAGAACCAAGAGAUAAAGCAUAUCAAGACAAGAACCUCUUAUUAUCCACACGUCAAUCGCUCAGAUGCACUACUUAUUACUCAAGGUUACAACUAUAUAGGGGCUAAAGGAGACAUUAAUGUUUGGAAUCCAAAAGUUGAAUCUGAUGAUGAGUACAGUACAGCCCAAAUAUGGCUUAAAAAUGGCCCUUCUUGUUGUUUUGAAAGUGUAGAGUCUGGCUGGGUGGUGAAUCCAAGUUUAUAUGGAGACAGGCGAACACGAUUAUUUUCUUAUUGGAGUGUAAGCCUCCUUAAACAUAAUGAAAUGAAAAAAUGGAGAAAAAAAACAUGGAUGGCUUCACAACCUGCAAGAUUUUAUAUGAUAGUUCACGAGGUUGAUGCAUCAAAGGAAACUGGUUGUUUUGACCUCGUCUGCUCUGGGUUUGUACAAACAAGCCAUGAGAUAGCACUUGGUGCCAGCAUUGAUCCUGUAUCAGCAGAAUUUGGUCCCCAAUACGAUAUAGCUAUUUACAUCUACAUGGAUACAAACACAAGAAAUUGGUGGCUGCAAUAUGGGGACGAGAUCAACAUAGGAUAUUGGCCUGCUGAGAUACUCGGAUUGUUGAAGCAUAGUGCAACAUAUGUUGAAUGGGGUGGUGAAGUCUACAGUUCUAAGAUAGGGCACCCUAAACACACAGCCACAGCCAUGGGGAGUGGAAAUUUUGCUUGGGAUCUGUUUGGCUCUGCAAGCUACAUUACACACAUUCGGAUCCUAGACUACUCAAUGUCACUGAAGUACCCUUCAUGGGUUCAUGCUUAUACAGAGGAGGAGGAUUGCUAUACUGCACUAUUUUAUCAAAAGGGGUACAUAAUGGAGCCACAGUUCUAUUUUGGAGGCCCUGGAUGGAACCCUAGAUGUCCAUGAGAUGAUGAAAAAUAUAAAGACGUUCGUAGUUUUUCAGUC